AUGUGUCCCCCAGUCAGCAUUCGCCAUAGGACCAGGGGCAUGCCCUACCUCUUUGUGGCCUGGCUAUACCACCUUGUCCAUGGAGACCAGAUGAAGAUCUGCUUUGCUUGCUUCAAGGAAGCUUUCCUGGUAGUUAGAAGAACGUUGGAGACGGGAGAUUGGGAAGAGGAAGUGUUGGAUAAUGAGUCUGUAGUACUUUCAGAGGACGGAUCUGAUCCAGAUGCAUGGCUGGGGUUGGAGCUCACUGAGUUCCAGAGCCAUGGGUAUUUGCCACAGAUGGAAACUGAGCAUGCGGGGCCUGGGUUCCCGGUAUCAGCCCCUGUAUGGCCGGUACCCGAGCCUGUGCCUACUGAGCUGCGGCCUGACGAAGCUGUACCCCUGGACGGAGGCCCCGAGAUUGAUGACUGGACCCAGGUGCUUCCCUUGAGAUUAGGCAUCUUCCGUUGCUGCCUCCACCGGCGCAUUAUUCCUCCUCUGUCCUGGUGUGAUGUUACCUAUUUCAACCCGUAUCCUGGGCAACCUGUAUUGUUGGAGUUGAGCCCCAUCUGGCCCAUGCAGUUGCUAGUAGAAAGCUUGUUGGUACACCUGAAGUUUGUCACUGUGUUAGGUGACUUCGAUGACGUCUGCUACUUGCUGUCAAUGCGUCCUUGUUGGGCUGUGAGGACCCAGGUCCAUCGCUGGCAGAUGUUGCUGGACCCUGGUGAGCUGAGGAAGGCCUAUCUACAGAAUGAACCUCAACAGCCGAACCUGUACCGCUGGAGGCUGAGUGUUUUGGAGUCCUCAGAGCUGGGGGUGGAGCUGGUGCCUGCGGACUGCAGCCUGCGGAAGGGAGGCUUCAAGGUGCACUCCUACCUGCCCUGGGACAGUGACACCCCAGAGGACUGGAGCACGGAUCCAGGGGAGAGGGUGUUUAUCAAAUAUGUUGAGUCUCAAAGGGACCUGAGCUAUAGCGUACGCCGUCACUUCAUUGAUAACUUCCUUUCCUGA